CAGUAAAAUGGCUGUGUCUCGCGGAGCCUCGUGCUGGUUUGGUCGGUUUCUUGCUCAUACUCUCGUUCUGUAACAGAAGCCCCCCCACAUUUUGUGUCGGUUGAUUUUAUUCCCAGGAUACGUAUUUAUAUUAUUCCACUAACUUUUCAGUCGAACCUGAGUCGGGAGUGGAUGCCGGAUUCGGUCCGGAGGUAGGGGGAAUGAACCGGGAUACGGGUACAUUGUUAUAAAUAAUUGUAUUUAUGUUCAAUGCUAUUCAGAGCUUGAUUGUGAGUGACUUGCUGUGAGAGGGAGAGAGUAAUAUCAUGGCCGCUCAGGUCGCUAGCGUAGCCACUCUCAACACUAGCCCGCCAUCCGAACUAAAAAAACCGGAUCGGGACCCACAGGAGGAGUCGGUACCGGGGGAGAAACAACAUGAAAAUAAGGAGCCGGGAUCUGACAGCGGAUCUCCGGGACAGAAGGAACUGCAGGACGGGGCCGCUGGUGGAGAUGUAGGGGGAGGAGGGGAUCCUGAUAUGAAGAACGGGAACGGGAAUUCGUCCAGGGUGAAUAAUAAUAAUAACAGCCAGAAUGAUACGGGGGGACCUGAGGGGAAUAACCAUCCCGGAAUUGGGCAUCACCACCCGGGGCCCUUUCCUCCACCUCCUUACGGUUACAACCAGCACUACAGCCGGGCCCCUUUUCAUCAACAUGGCGGACAACAAAGCCCUGGCAUGGCAGCUGCAGCGGGGCCGGCAGUGCAGCCAGGCAGCAUGAUGGACCCAUACCCACCCAAUUCGCAUGAACACGGCUUCCCUAACCAUUACAACAAUUACAGCCCAUUUCCGAAUCGGACUCCUUAUCAGGGCCAAGGAUACGCCAUGAACUCCCCGCGUAAUAGUCAGCCUCCGGCGGCUGGGGGGCAGCCAGGCAAGCAACAGCCACCAGGAGGAACUACAGCUAUGGCUGCCUCUUACAAUAAUCAGAGGUAUAACAUGGGGAACCCACAACCUACGUCUACCCCUACUUUAAAUCAGCUCCUAACAUCUCCUAGUUCUACAAGGAGCUACCAGAACUAUCCACAAGGAGACUAUAGUAACCAGGAAGGGGCCAGCAAGGGACCAGCAGACAUGGGCAGUAGCCAGUAUGGUGGGGGCCAUCCGGGUUGGCAACAAAGGAGCCACCAUCCUCCUCCAAUGAGCCCGGGAAACACUGGACAACCUCUAAAUAGAAAUCAGCCCCCCACCCCGAUGGACCAGGUAGGGAAGAUUCGAGGACAGCCGUACCCGGCGGCCAACCCCUACACCCAGCAGCAGGGCCAGGGGCAGGGGCAAGGCCCGGUCCAGGGCCAGGGGCAGGGACAGGGGCAGGUCCCGCCACCGGGACCCCAGCAAGGAGGCUCGUACCCUGGCCAGGGCUACGGCCCCACAGGCCCACAGAGGUACCCCAUGGGUCUGCAGGGUCGCACCCCUGGAAGCAUGGGAGGAAUGCAGUACGGACAGCAGAUGUCAGCCUAUGGACAGCAGGGUCCAGGGGGCUAUGGGCAGCAGAGCCAGGGCUACUAUGGGCAGCACGGCCCUCCACCCCACCCUGGCCAGCAGCAGCAGCCCCCCUACCCAGGCCAGUCCCAGAGCACCCCAGCAGCCCAGGGCCCGUACCCCCAGCAGGGCCACCCCCCUCAGCCGCCCAGCCAACAUGGCCAGGCCGGCCCUCCCUACCCCCAGUCCCAGGGCACGCAGGGCCCCCCCCAGGGCCAGCCCCCUUACAACCAGCCCCCCCAGUCUCAGCCGGGCCAAUCGCCCUACUCCGCCACUCAGCCGCAGCAGGGCCCUCAGAACCAGCAGGGCCCGGCCCAGGGCCAGCCCAGCUACCCACAGCCCCCGGGCCCAGGGCAGACCCCUCAGCAGGCCCCGUCGCAGCAGCAAGGAACCCCCCAGCAGCAGCAGCUGCAGCAGCAGCAGCCUGUGCCUCCUCCCCAGGCCCAGCAGCCUCCAGGCCAUGGCCAGCCUCAGGCCCAGCAGCCCCAGCAGGGUCAGCCCUCGCCCUACUCUCAGACCCCUCCCCUGCAGCAACAGCAGUCGCCCUUCCAGAGGUUUCCCCCUCCUCCCCAGGAGCUAUCCCAGGAUUCCUUUAGCUCCCAGUCCAGCGCUCCCCCCUCCAACCAGCCCAACAAGAGCGGCCAGGAAGACAGCAUGCAGGGCCGGCCGUCUAGCUUGCCGGUGAGACCCCAACACAAGCGCACACACACACGGAGCUUAGUGCAGAGAGGCUUACUCAAACACUACAUCUUGAAUGUGGGCGGUGUCAGCCCUGUGGAGGUAGCCCUCGUCUCCUCUGCACCCCCCUCCGCUAGCUCCAACACUCCCACACUGGGCCUUAGAGGUGGCACGAUGAAAUAUGUGUGUCAGUGUGUGAAUGUUGUUUCGUCUUCCAGGCUUGAUUCCUAUGGUAAUCAGUACCCUGGCCAAGGAGCUCCCCCUGGUGGACCCUACCCCAAUCAGCAGCCAGGAAUGUAUCCACAGCAACAACCGAACUACAAGCGGCCUGUGGACGGGGGCUACGGCCCUCCUGCCAAGCGCCACGAGGGGGAGAUGUACAACGUCCCCUUCAGCGCUCAGCAGCAGCAGGGCCCCCAGCCCGCGGGCCCCCAGGGCCAACAGGACAUGUACAACCAGUACAACGCCUACCCAGGGGGGGAGCGGAGGCCCCCCGGCCCCCAGGGCCAGUUCUCCUUCCCCUUCGGCCGGGAGCGGGGGCCGGCCUCCGGAGGACCCAACUCCCAGUCCCCCAUGCCUCCCCAGAUGAUGGGCAGCCCCAUGCAGGGCCCCAUGUGGCAGGGCCGCAACGAGAUGGGCUACCCCAACUAUCCCAACCGUCAAGGGCCUCCGGUGCCGGGCCAGGGCCCCGGCUACCACGGCAUGAACCGCUCCGAGGAGAUGAUGCCGGCCGACCAGCGCAUGAACCACGAGGGCCAGUGGCCUGGCCACGUCAACCCGAGGCAGCCCCCCUACGGGCCGGGGGGCUCGGGGCCGCCCAUGUCCAGACCCCUGCAGUCCAACUACCAGUCCUCCCAGAACCACAUUCCCCAGGUGUCCAGCCCGGCGCCCAUGCCCCGGCCCAUGGAGAGCAGGACGUCGCCCAGCAAGUCGCCCUACAUGCACUCGGGCAUCAAGAUGCUGAAAGCCGCACCCCCCGUGCCCGCCUCGCACAUCGGCCAGGCCCCCGUGCAGCCCCCGCUCAUCAGGCGGGACGUGGCCUUCCCCCCGGGCUCCGUGGAGGCCUCCCAGCCCCUCCUCAAGCCCCGCAGGAGGCUCACCAUGAAAGAGAUCGGCACACCAGAAGCUUGGCGAGUGAUGAUGUCCCUAAAAUCAGGCUUACUAGCUGAAAGCACUUGGGCCUUGGACACGAUAAACAUUCUGCUGUAUGACGACAACAGCAUCUCCACUUUCAACCUCUGUCAGCUUCCUGGUUUCCUGGAGCUGGUGGUGGAGUACUUCCGACGCUGCCUCAUCGAGAUCUUCGACAUCCUGAAGGAGUACGAGGUGGGCGACCCCGGCCAGCGGACCCUCAUCGACCCCAGCGCCGCAGACGAAGACAGCUCCGACGAGGAGGGUCCUGAACAGGAAGCGGAAGGCAUGGAGGAAGGCGAGGACGAGGAGGAGGAGGAGGAGGAGGAAGACGAGAAGAGCAGCAUGGACAUCUCAUCGCAGGUCCACGUCAAGCAGGAGAAGGAGGAGAGCUCGCAGAAGGACAAGCCCACGCAGGAGGAGGAGGAAGGGCGGGAAGGUGCGUCUUCGUCCUCCGCGGAGCCCGGCUCGGUCCCGGACCCCAGCCCGCCUCAGGACAAGCCCAAGCAGGCCAGCAAGUUCGACAAGCUCCCCAUCAAGGUGGUCCGGAAGAAAGACCUCUUCCCGGGGGGGCGCUCCACCAAGUUCGGCAGGCGGCAGAGCUUUGACAGCGGCCUGGUCCACUGGAGCAUCGGCGGGGGCGACACCACGGAGCACAUCCAGACCCACUUCGAGAGGCGGUCGGACCUCGCCAAGCAGCGGAAACGAACGCCGGCCGCCGCCAAGGCCAGGAAGAAGAGCGCGGCGCCCGAGGCGCCGACGACGGCCGAGUGCCCGGAGAAAGCCGAGCAGGAGGAGGAGGAGGAGGCGUCGGCGUCCCAGCGGCCCCAGUCCUCCGCUUCCCGACGCUCCCCCGCGGAGAAAGAGAAGGGCGCCCCCCCGCCGGCGCCUGCCGGCGCCCCCGUCACCGCCACCAUCGACGACGUCCUGUCGGCCCGGCCGGGCUCCGUGACGGAGGAGGCGGUGCGCGGCGGCGCCGAGGAGCGCAAGGAGAACGGCAAGUUCCUGUUCAGCAUCAACCCGGCGCUGCAGAGCCGGCGCAACGUCAAGAUCCUGGAGGACGAGCCGCACAGCAAGGACGACACGCCCCUCAGCACGCUGGCCGACUGGCAGGACGCGCUCGCCCGCCGCUGCGUCUGCGUCUCCAACAUCGUCCGGAGCCUCUCCUUCAUCCCCGGCAACGACCUGGAGAUGUCCAAGCACCCGGGCCUGCUGCUGCUGCUGGGACGCCUGGUGCUGCUCCGCCACAGGCACCCCGAGCGCAAGCAGGCCCCCGUCACCUACGAGAAGGAGGAGGAGGAGGACGAGGGCGUGAGCUGCGAGCGGGACGAGUGGUGGUGGGACUGCCUGGAGGUGCUGCGGGAGAACUGCCUCGUCACCCUGGCCAACAUCUCGGGCCAGCUCGACCUCUCCGUCUACCCGGAGAGCAUCUGCCUGCCGCUGCUGGACGGCCUGCUCCACUGGGCCGUCUGCCCCUCGGCCGAGGCCCUGGACCCCUUCCCCUCCCUGGGGCCUCACAGGGCGCUGUCCCCCCAGAGACUGGUCCUCGAGACCCUCAGCAAGCUCAGCAUCCAGGACAACAACGUCGACCUCAUUCUGGCCACGCCGCCCUUCAGCCGCCUGGAGAAGCUGUACGGCUCGCUGGUGCGCCUCGUUGGGGAGCGCAAGGUGGCCGUGUGCCGGGAGAUGGCGGUGGUGCUGCUGGCCAACCUGGCCCAGGGCGACAGCCUGGCGGCCCGCGCCAUUGCCGUGCAGAAGGGCAGCGUGGGGAACCUGCUGGGCUUCCUGGAGGACAGCCUGGCGGCCACUCAGUACCAGCAGAGCCAGAGCUCCCUGCUGCACAUGCAGGGCGCGGCCCACUUUGAGCCCACCAGCGUGGACAUGAUGCGGCGGGCGGCCCGGGCCCUGCACGCCCUGGCCAAGGUGGAGGAGAACCACUCAGAGUUCACGCUGUACGAGUCGCGGCUCCUGGACAUCUCCGUGUCGCCCCUCAUGAACUCGCUGGUGUCCCACGUGAUCUGUGACGUACUGUUUCUGAUCGGCCAGUCAUGACAGCCGGGGGCUCUCGGCUCCGCCUCCUUCCGUUCCCUUCCCCCCUUUCUUUUGUUUGUGUGUCUGUUGCGUGUGCGUGGAGAGAACUAAGAGCAAAACUGACUGUCCUUUUUUUAAUUUAUGCAAAAAUCACCUCGGAUUCCACUGUCUGCCCUUUCUACCCCCCCCCCCCCCCCCCCCCUGCUUCUCACUAAAGAAGGAAUUUCAUGAAGUAGCUGUGGAUUUCAAAAAGCCUGGAAAAGAAAAAAAGAUCAACUAACCCAGACGGGGAGGAGUAGAUUGGGCCCCUGGCCUAGGAGAGAGAGUGUGUUCUGCCCUGCGGAAAGGACUUUUUUAAUGAAAAGGAAAAAUCGACACAAAAAAGAAAAACAAAAAACUGUAACCAAAGUUGCUGUCUCGUUUACAGUGAGUUUGGGGGAUAUAUGUGCCCAGGUCCUCCCUUGGGGUUUGCAGGGGGGUAGGGCAUGGGGAAAACGAUAUUUUGGUUCAUGUUUGGAGGCUAAAUAGACUCAUGGACUCUGGUGUGGUAUAAUUGCUGUAACUUGGAUGCUAUAUACUCAGCCCCACAGGUACCAGGUUAUCGGCUGUGAACAGACAUCUGUUAUGGGAGGCCUGUGCAGUAGAUUGUAGGACUUUUUUCUGUACUGUACACCUUAAGAAAACUGUAAACAUACUGUAAUAAUACUGUUUCACACUGAGAUACGCUGGCUUGGCAGCAAACUGUAGUUUUUAAAACCGAUUUUAGUUAAUGUUGAGAGAGAAAAAAGGCUUUCCCCCCAAAGUAUCGUGAACCUACAACACCCCGACCUCUUCUCUUUGUCCCUUGAUUGUACGACUUGACCCUUAUAAAAGAAGUCACGUCUUAGGACUGGUCCUCAACUCUAGAUGCAGUCCAAGCUGCAGUGUAUAUAUGAUGUUGUACAUUACACUCUUUUUCUCUCUUUCUCUCUCUCUCUCUCUUGCUCUCUCUCUCACCUUCUGUUGCUCUUCACCAUUUUUAAUCUUUGAUGAAUUAAAGGUUACACUCAAGUGAAAUUCCCUACAUCAAGUAUGCCAUGUGAUUACUUA